AAACACUACCUAAUAGCCCCCAAAGCCACGCCGAAUCUUCAUCCUCAGUCAGGGUCUUAGUGGAACGAACACAUCUGGCUAGUCCUGACGAGGCAGUGACGAGGAUGAGGGUGCGCUUUCCUUACUUGGAAAGCGGUGGCUUUACCGUGGACCUUUUCCUCCCUCUCCGUCCUCUCUCCCUCCCUCUUCCUCUAUCAUCAUACCAUGUCUUCAGCAGUCUCAACAGCAUCGUGUUGUGGGUGGUGGUGGCCGGGCAUCUCGAUUGCUGGCGACAUUUUCUCUCGCGCGUCGUGGUGUUUUCUACAAGGGGAAUCGGCUCUAGAGUGGUUAUUCACGUCUGGUAGACGUAACGAACCAACGCCAUUGAAACGAUAUCCGUAGCGGUCAAAACAAUCAAUCUCAAGCCUCAACGUGCGCGAGGGCGCAUAACCUGAUGGGAGCGUAACUCCCUGCAUUCCGCGAACGCGGGCG